GAAUCAAUUAUUUAGUUCGGUUCUUAAAGUUCAAAUUGGUUAAACCGGUUUAAAUUGAUACAUUAGUCGACCGUCGCGCAUUAAUACUGGUGUGGUGGUUCCGUUAACGAGCAACGGCGAUGAAGAGACCUCGACCUACAUCUCAGCCGUCGAUCUCUUCCACCGUCAAACCACCACUGUCUCCGCCGGUCACACCGAUUCUCAAACAGAAGCUACACAGAACAGGAACACCUAAAUGGUUCCCGUUAAAACUAACCCACACGGAGCUGACGUUGCCGUUAACUUUUCCGACGGGUCAAACAUUCCGGUGGAAGAAAACUGGAGCGAUUCAGUAUAGCGGAACGAUUGGGCCUCACUUAGUCUCUCUUAGACAACGUCCAGGAGACGACGCAGUUUCCUACUGCGUCCAUUGUAGCACAAGCCCUAAAUCCGCGGAGCUUGCGUUGCUCGAUUUUCUCAAUGCUGAGAUCUCGUUAGCUGAGCUAUGGUCUGAUUUCUCGAAAAAAGAUCCUCGUUUCGGAGAGCUAGCGAGACAUCUCCGUGGCGCUCGUGUGUUGAGGCAGGAUCCGCUCGAGUGCUUGAUACAGUUUUUGUGCUCAUCGAACAAUAACAUUGCGAGGAUUACGAAGAUGGUGGAUUUUGUUUCGUCUUUAGGGUUACAUUUGGGUGACAUUGAUGGAUUUGAGUUUCAUCAGUUCCCAUCAUUGGAUCGAUUAUCUAGGGUUUCUGAGGAAGAGUUUAGAAAGGCUGGUUUUGGUUACAGAGCCAAAUACAUAACAGGUACAGUGAAUGCUUUGCAAGCAAAGCCAGGUGGUGGUAAUGAAUGGCUUCUUUCUCUGCGCAAAGUCGAACUCCAAGAGGCAGUUGCUGCGCUGUGUACAUUACCUGGUGUUGGUCCGAAGGUAGCAGCUUGCAUAGCUCUGUUUUCUCUUGAUCAGCAUAGUGCUAUUCCGGUUGACACACAUGUCUGGCAGAUCGCAACAAAUUAUCUACUGCCAGACCUUGCUGGUGCAAAACUGACACCUAAACUCCAUGGCCGAGUUGCAGAAGCCUUUGUGAGUAAAUAUGGUGAAUAUGCUGGUUGGGCUCAAACAUUGCUUUUCAUUGCCGAGUUACCUGCACAAAAAACUCUCUUGCAAUCGUUUUCCCAGCCCAUUAACAAACUGGAUGAGUCUGCAGAAGUUAAUGAAACUAGCUGUGAUACGUUGAAGCCAUGACUAUGUGUCUACCUAAGCUACGAGGAAUCGUUUUCACAACCCAUUCUUGAUGCGUCAAGUCCAGAAACUUGACCUUGGAAGAGCUAAGAAAAUUCUGAAGCUGAUGCAGUAUUUGGCUCCCUGGCAAAUGAGCGUAGUUAUUUGUUAUGAUCAUUGUUUACUAAGGAACCAAUCUUGAUAUGUACUUGUAACUUUACAUUCAAACUUCCAAAUUAAAUUCUAAUUGUUUGUUCCCUUUGCAAUUCUCUUGAUUUGAAAUGAGAAUUUUU